CUCUUUGAUAAGUGCCUUGUUGAACAUUCGUUUGUAUUAUAAUAAAAUUCAAGUCAAAAUACUAAAGCAAACGGGAUGUAUUAUUCAAGUUAAGUGAAACAUGUACACGACAAUGAACAGAACACAAAUAAAUUCGCUACUACAGCACGAGUUGUUGUGCUGCCGUGUUUGUUUAAUGUUGGAUUGUAGACUGUACAAUAUUCACGAAUAUAAACUCGCCGAUACCUUUACUCGCAUCUCUGGGACUCCUGUGUCCAGGGACGGGCUGCCGCAGUACCUGUGCGCGUACUGCUUCGUGCUGCUCCUCAAAUGCUCGUCCUUCAGUGACAUGUGUGUCCGCACGCUGAAGCAACUCACACCCACGCUGCGCAAGGGAGCGCUAGAUACAGAUUAUAUUCGCAAAUACCAAUUCCCUCACCGGUCGCUCAACUUAACACAAACUGAAAUCGAAACAAUAGAAUUACUUCCGGAGGAUUUACACAAUGAACAAGGUGAACACAUUGUGUCAAUAGACAUCAAUGCAGCUUAUCCUGAAAUGAAACCUGAAAUAUUAGAAGAUAUAAUUGAAAUCGGUGUUAAUGAUUUUGAGGAUGAAUUUGUUUUAAAAGAUAGUAUAAUCAGCAAAAGAAAAAUUGAUAAUACUAAGACUAUAGAGAAUACCUUGAAAACUAAAAAAACCCGCAAAAGGCACACAGUAAAGCAAAAUAUGGCCUUAAAAAUCGAACGUGUCUUUAAUGAAAGUAUGGAUAUUGAUAAAAAUCUGAUGAAAACAGAAAAAGAUAAAACAGAAACAAUCGAAACUCCAGUGAAGAAAAAUAUGGUCUUAAAAAUCGAACCGUUCUGUAAUGAAAGUAUGGAUUUUGAUAAUAAUCCAAUGAAAAUGGAAAAAGAGAAUACAGGAACGACUGAAUUUCCAGUGAAAGAAAAUAUGGUCUUAAAAGUAGGGAGUGUAUAUAAUGAAAGUAUGGAUUUUGAUAAUAAUCUAAUGAAAAAGGAAAAAGAAAAUGCAGAAACAUUGAACAUGAUGACGAUUGAAGUAAAAGACGAUAAAAUUGAAUUAAAAGUUGGUGAAAAAUCUGACAAUAAUGAUGAUAUUUACUAUGAAGUGGAUGAAAAAAUAGAAGACGUAAAAAUGAAAAGAAAAAAAGUCCCAAACGUAACACGUACGGAACGUAAAAAGAAUGUGAUGAAAAGCGGGAACAAUAAGCAAAAGCUACCUAGAUUUAUUUCUCCCACAUUUGAGAGUACCUACGAUCUUGAAAUUGUCACUUUGAGCAAGGAAGAGCAACUGGAAGAGAUCGCAACACGCAAAAAGUCCGAGAAUUACCUGAUGUCGCAUUUUAAGUGCGAGGACUGCGGGAAAGGGUUUGGCGUGGAGUCUGCCUACAAUAAUCACCGCGCCAGGCACAGCCCGAGCAACGGCCCGUACUCCUGUGAGAUCUGCACUUCGUACUUCACGCGCCGCUACCUCUAUAUACACCAGAAGCGGCACCGGCUCAAGUUCAUUUGCAAUCUGUGCAAGUUCGUCUCCAGACACAAGGCACAAGCGAUCAAGCACCACGCGACGCACACGGGCAAGACCUACGAAUGCCCACAUUGCUUGAAGACCUUCAUAAAGAGCACGACGUGCUUUAACCACUUGCGGCGCGCGCACCCCGAGCGCAACCUGGACUGCGCGGAGUGCGGGGAGACCUUCGUCGGAGACCUAGGGCUCCGGCAACACAGGAACCGGAUGCAUAACAUGAAAUUGAAAAAGUUCAUGUGCACUAUCUGCUCAGCCAACUUCAAUAGUGUCUCGGCGCUGAACACACACACAGACACGGCCGGCGAGCACACAGAUCUGCGGCCGUGCGAGCAGUGCGGCGAGAACUGUGCGAGCGAGGAGCAGCUACAGGAACAUGUUGGGGAGAUGCAUCCCACCGAGUCACAUCAUUGUGAAGUGUGCAACGUGGCAUUCUCAAAUGCGGCGGCGUUGGACACGCACAGCCGCCGCAAGCACCUCGGGCCCGCCUCGGGGCCUCGGGCUCCGGCUCGGGACGGCGCCCCCCCUACCCCUCCCCCGCCCCCGCCCAAGCCGCCCCGUCUACGUCAAUACAAGAAACGCGUGCGCCAGCCUAAGCCAUGUAUGUGCGAGCAGUGCGGCGCUAUUGUGCAGAACUCGUCGCUUCUCGUGUACCAUAUGCGCACGCACCUCGCCGUGAAGCCGUUCGCGUGUCCACAUUGCCCGAAGACAUUCAACUGGCCGCAGAAUCUAAGAAUUCACGUGCGCACGCACAGCGGUGAGAAGCCGCACCAGUGCCCCGAGUGCCCGCGAGCCUUCAACUCGAAGUCGAACUUGAAGCGACAUCACAACACUGCACAUCUAGGUAUACGCGGCUCAUUUCCGUGUCCGAUGUGCGGGCGCACGUCCACCACCAAGCACACUAUGGAGGCGCACGUGCGCGCGGUGCACGGCGACGCGGGCUGGCCCAAGCGGGAUCGCAGCAAACGCAAGAAAAAGACGCAACCAGAUGAUCAAUGA